UUUGUUACAGAACAUACCUACCAUGGGGUCUGAGUUUGACCACAUGAUUGCAUAGAAUACCACUCUAAAAGGACCAGAAUUUAAGUUGGCUUUUUGCAUGUCACUGCUACAUGUUUCAUAAGUGUUACGAAGCCAGUAAUUUGAUUCAAGGACCACAGUACAGCUAUGGAUAGUGAACCAAACCCUGGCACAUCUUCUGUGUCGACAACAACCAGCAGCACGACCACCACCACUAUCACCACUUCCUCCUCUCGAAUGCAGCAACCUCAGAUCUCUGUCUACAGUGGCUCAGACCGACAUGCCGUACAGGUGAUUCAACAGGCCUUGCACCGGCCGCCCAGCUCCGCUGCGCAGUACCUGCAGCAGAUGUACGCCGCUCAGCAGCAGCACUUGAUGCUGCACACAGCCGCGCUGCAGCAGCAGCACUUGAGCAGCUCCCAGCUGCAGAGCCUUGCUGCUGUUCAGGCAAGUUUGUCCAGUGGAAGACCAUCUACAUCCCCAACAGGAAGUGUCACACAACAGUCAAGUAUGUCCCAGACAUCUAUCAACCUCUCCACUUCUCCUACACCUGCACAGUUAAUAAGCCGUUCCCAGGCUUCCAGUUCUACCAGCGGCAGUAUUACCCAACAGACUAUGUUACUAGGGAGUACCUCCCCUACCCUAACGGCAAGCCAAGCUCAAAUGUAUCUCCGAGCUCAAAUGCUGAUUUUCACACCCGCUACCACUGUGGCUGCUGUACAGUCUGACAUUCCUGUUGUCUCGUCGUCAUCGUCAUCUUCCUGUCAGUCUGCAGCUACUCAGGUUCAGAAUUUAACAUUACGCAGCCAGAAGUUGGGUGUAUUAUCUAGCUCACAGAAUGGUCCGCCAAAAAGCACUAGUCAAACUCAGUCAUUGACAAUUUGUCAUAACAAAACAACAGUCACCAGUUCUAAAAUCAGCCAACGAGAUCCUUCUCCAGAAAGUAAUAAGAAGGGAGAAAGUCCAAGUCUGGAAUCACGAAGCACAGCUGUUACCCGUACAUCAAGUAUUCACCAGUUAAUAGCACCAGCUUCAUAUCCUCCAAUUCAGCCUCAUCCUCUAAUAAAACAUCAGCAGAUUCCUCUUCAUUCACCACCUCCCAAGGUUUCCCAUCAUCAGCUGAUAUUACAGCAGCAGCAACAGCAAAUUCAGCCAAUCACACUUCAAAAUCCAACUCAAGACCCACCCCCAUCCCAGCACUGUAUGCCACUCCAAAACCAUGGCCUUCCUCCAGCUCCUAGUAAUGCCCAGUCACAGCAUUGUUCGCCAAUUCAGAGCCAUCCCCCUCCUUUGACAAUGUCUCCUAGCCAGUCACAGUCAGCACAGCAGUCUGUAGUGGUGUCUCCCCCCCCGCCUCAUUCUCCAAGUCAGUCUCCUACUAUAAUUAUCCAUCCACAGGCCCUUAUUCAGCCACACUCUCUUGUGUCCUCGGCUCUCCAGCCAGGGCCAAACCUGCAGCAAUCCACUGCUAAUCAGGUGCAGCCUACAGCACAGCUGAAUCUUCCAUCCCAUCUUCCACUUCCAGCUUCCCCUGUUGUGCACAUUGGCCCAGUUCAGCAGUCCGCUUUGGUGUCCCCAGGUCAGCAGAUUGUGUCUCCAACAUCACACCAGCAGUAUUCAACCCUGCAGUCCUCUCCAAUCCCAAUUGCAACCCCUCCGCAGAUGUCGGCAUCUCCUCCAGCUCAGAUUCCACCACUGCCCUUGCAGUCUAUGCAGUCUUUACAAGUGCAGCCUGAAAUUCUAUCCCAGGGCCAGGUUUUGGUGCAGAAUGCUUUGGUGUCAGAAGAGGAGCUUCCAGCUGCAGAAGCUUUGGUCCAGUUGCCAUUUCAGACUCUUCCUCCUCCACAGACUGUUGCGGUAAACCUACAAGUACAACCACCAGCACCUGUUGAUCCACCAGUGGGAAUGCAUUUGAACCAGUGUCAUCUGCACAAAGUUUUUUCUCUUAAGGUUUAUCAAGUAGAAGAUGUGUGUGAAGAAGAAAUGCCUGAAGAGUCAGAUGAAUGUGUCCGGAUGGACAGAACCCCACCACCACCCACAUUGUCUCCAGCAGCUAUAACUGUGGGGAGAGAAGAUUUGACUUCUGAACAUCCUUUGUUAGAGCAAGUGGAAUUACCUGCUGUGGCAUCAGUCAGUGCUUCAGUAAUUAAAUCUCCGUCAGAUCCUUCACAUGUUUCUGUUCCUCCACCUCCACUCUUACUUCCAGCUGCUACCACAAGGAGUAAUAGUACAUCGGUGCCCAGCAGCAUUCCCAGUAUAGAAAACAAACCUCCACAGGCUAUUGUUAAACCACAGAUCUUAACCCAUGUUAUUGAAGGCUUUGUGAUUCAGGAGGGAUUGGAGCCAUUUCCUGUAAGUCGUUCAUCCUUGCUAAUAGAACAGCCUGUGAAAAAAAGGCCUCUUUUGGAUAAUCAGGUGAUAAAUUCUGUAUGUGUUCAGCCAGAGUUACAGAAUAAUACAAAGCAUGCAGAUAAUUCAUCUGACACAGAGAUGGAAGACAUGAUUGCUGAAGAGACAUUAGAAGAAAUGGACAGUGAGUUGCUCAAGUGUGAAUUCUGUGGGAAGAUGGGAUAUGCUAAUGAAUUUCUCCGGUCAAAACGAUUCUGCACUAUGUCCUGUGCCAAAAGGUACAAUGUUAGCUGUUCUAAAAAAUUUGCACUUAGUCGUUGGAAUCGUAAGCCUGAUAAUCAAAGUCUUGGGCAUCGUGGCCGUCGUCCAAGUGGCCCUGAUGGGGCAGCAAGAGAACAUAUCCUUAGGCAGCUUCCAAUUACUUAUCCAUCUGCAGAAGAAGACUUGGCUUCUCAUGAAGAUUCUGUUCCAUCUGCUAUGACAACACGCCUGCGCAGGCAGAGUGAGCGGGAAAGAGAACGUGAGCUUCGGGAUGUGAGAAUUAGGAAAAUGCCUGAGAACAGUGACUUGCUACCAGUUGCACAAACAGAGCCAUCUAUCUGGACAGUUGAUGAUGUCUGGGCCUUCAUCCACUCUUUGCCUGGCUGCCAGGAUAUUGCAGAUGAGUUCAGAGCACAGGAGAUUGAUGGACAGGCCCUUCUUUUGCUAAAAGAAGACCAUCUUAUGAGUGCAAUGAAUAUCAAAUUAGGCCCAGCUUUAAAGAUCUGUGCACGCAUCAAUUCUCUGAAGGAAUCUUAACAGGAUCAUGAGGCUGUGAGAAAACAGCGGUUUUUACUCUUCUUAAACAGACUUGUAAGGUAAAGGCGCAAGUUGGCCUAGAAUAUUAUCAUAUAUUGUGGUGGAUAGCCAAGCACAUUGGAAUCUCCACAUCAAAAGCUGACAUUUCUUCUACAGAUAUGAUUCAUCAUACAUUUUCAUAAGUAGCCUACAUUGGUAAGAUUGAUUUUACAGGUUACAUGCAACAAUGAAAGACUGAUAUAGAGGGCCAUGAUAUUUUUCAAAGAAACAUGUUAUACUAGAUAAUUUUUUAAAGGUGAUGUUUAUCGUUAAUAUAAAGAAUCCUUUUAAAAAUAAUUUAAUGAUUUACAUUUCUCCUGUUUUGAUUCGGUUUUCUUAUACAUUUUUCUACCCUGUAAGUUUUCUAUAGGUUGUCAUGAGAGAUAUAAUUUAGGAGUAAUUUAGGAAUAGUAUAGGAGUCCAGUGACUGGAAUUGUAUGCAAUGAGCUAUCGGUGUGCAUUUUAAAAAAAUAUGUCUGUUAGACAAUUGCUUUGUCUAUAAAAAGGGACUGCAUUCUAGCAUGAAUUAUACUGAUCUGGAAGUCAGAAGAGUUGGUUUCUAUUCCAAACUUGACUAAGAAUUUGGUGUGGCUGAGAAAGUUGGUUUUCCUCUUAGUUUUUGGACAUUUAGAGCAGUGGCUCUCAGCAGAAGUCAGUGUUGCUCCCCAGGGGACAUUUAUCAAUGUCUAGGGACAUUUUGGUUGUCAUAGCUUGGAGAGGCUGGGUAGGGUUGUUAUUGGCAUCUAGGCCAUGGAGGACAGGGACGUUACUAAAUAUCCCACAGUUCACGGGAUGGUCCUCCAAAACAAAGAUUUAUUGGGUCCAAAAUACCAAGUAGUGUCAAAGUUCGGAAACCUGAUGGAGGAGUGGUAAAUGUUGCUCUUUUUUACCCAAAGGAAUAUUUUGAAAAGAUGGGGCACAAUAAGGAAUACAUGAUACAGUCGAAGUAUUUCAGAUAGCAGAUGUUCAAGUAUUUUUCCUAAUUUUACCCAUUCUAGAAAAAGGGGAAAGUCCAUUGAAUCGACCCGUAAAAUAAGGACUAGCAUACAAAUAAUUUGACUCUCAGAAAGUACAGAUUUCAAAUUAAUUAUCUUUCAUACCUGCUCCUCUGCACUGAUGAGGGCAUACUGUGAUUAUACCUUAUGAACCAGUGCAUAGCCUUUACAAGUAGUCCAAGCUUACUUGGCCUGACAGAAGUUUGUAGUGGAUACGUGGUUGGUCUUUGGAUUUUUUUCUAACCUUAAACAUGCUGGGUCUAGCUAGAAUACACAUUCCUUUUUCCUUGACUAAACUCUUGCAUGCUUCCUACAAAGUACCCACCAAGUAGUAUCUCGUGGAUUAUCAGACCUAAUUUUGUAUGUAUAUUAGGGAAAAAAAUUUUAAAUUAAAAAUUUUCACUAAAUAGUUAAAUAAUCAGAAUUAUGACAAUAAAACAGAAUUGUUAUGGGAACUGUGAGAGCCUUAUAGUCCUAGACAUUAAAAAAAAAUUUUUUUUUUUAAUCUUUGCCACACGACAGAAAUGUUUUAAAAUGGAAGGAACAUACACAGAUACUUGGCAGAAGUUCAGUAAGUGGGGAAGAGUCCAUGGGUUUCAGUCAUUGUCACUGCUCUUUUCAAAAAGAUUGUGUUGAGCUAGUAGAGGACUAAAGAUGUCAUUAAAGACAUCACAGAUAUUUAUCUUUUGGCUUUGUGUACAUUAGAGAAUGUUGAUUAUUUUUAUACAAAAAUACAGCGGGUAAUUUUUUUAAUCUUUAGAUGCCUCUUGUUUGAAUGUAUGCUUUGUGGGAUUCUUUUGUGUAGUAAUGUUUUAAAAAAAAGAUGUUUACUGAUAGUUACAUGUAGGAUUAGAAGGUGUAAUAUAGCGUAAGGCUCCUGUUCCAGACCUACAAUAGCUGUAGUCUACGUCACAUAUUUCUUUAUAUCACAUUUUUAACUGGAUUAAAGUUUCAAGGAAAGGUAGGUACUCUAUAAUUAGUUUUCAUUUGUUAGCAGUUAUCGUUAUGACAGAGUUGUCAUAUGCUUGACUUUCCCCCGUCAUCUUCCAGUUUCAGAACACAAUUAUAGGCUGAGCAUUAGUAGGAGAUGGUCCACUGUAGGGGGGUGUGGCGGGCACAAUGGGAAAAUCUCCCUUUGGAAGUAAAACUUUUUCAUAGAUAAUCCACAAGAAAUUGAUUAUUUGGGGAUAGACUCCCCUAGCAAUAAUGAGUAUCUCCCAUUACUAUAUUAUCUAUAGCCUUUAAGGUAUUUACUUUGAAGUAUGUAUAGGUUCUCCUUUUAUUUACUCCCUUUUCUUGUAUCAGUCAUUAGAUACUAACUGAAAGCCCCUGUACCUAGCACUGUGUUAAAUAUCCAAGAAAGCUUACAGGAAGGGGGAUUUCCAUUUGAUGAGAGCACCUUAUAAUCUUAAAUCUUGUAAAUCUCAAAAGUAGUCCAGAUCUUCUCUUGUCCUCACUCAAAACAUACCUAGAAAAUAUACUUAGUUUUUCAAGUGAGCUAUUUUAUUUAGAAAUGGCUCAUUUGCUCAACUGCUAGUUUUCCCUGUUGAUGCAUCUGUUUCUUUCUAGACACUUUAAAAUCAGAGCUUCAGUUAUAUAUGAUGGGUAUGGAUGAUAACACUGGGCAUGCACCUCUCUCCUACGUUCUAAGCACAGUUCUGGUAUGAAUUAGGUGGGGAGAGUGUUCUUUUUCCUUCAUGCGACUAAUUGUUUUAGGAUUUUCACUGAGGAGAAAGAAUGACAAAAGGGCACAUGGGAAGUUCUUCCUAUUUUUGCUACCUAAGUUUGCAUUUUUUGACUUGUUUAAACUGAUGCACUCUUUUCCCAUUGAGGGAAAUAAAACCUCCACAUCUCGAUUUUUAUUUGCUUUAAGCCUUGGCUUCCUAAAAAAAUAAACACACUGAGAAAGCUGGAUUGUAAACGUUUUUACAUGACACGAAUUUUCAUCAAGCCUGGUGUAGGCAUGUGUCUGACAAGCCAUGCAGCUUGGAUAUAAUCACUAUUGAUUAAGGCAGAGUGCUGUCUGUAAACCUGUCCCUUUUUAAGUGGCAUGUAACUAUUUCCAGGAUGAUACUUUUAAUUUGCUGUGAUAUCACUAAACAGAUGUUUUUCUUAGUCUUAGCUUAAGGGUUGUCACAGAGUAGGGAAGGUGGAACGGGGAGAAGACAUUAGCGAAGAAGCUUUAGCAUGGGAGAGAGGCGGACAAAAGAUCUGCCACUUUGUUUAUCCCACUUCGACACUGAACAGAUUUCUGCACUUUUGAAUAUUCAUGAUUUACCUAGUUUUAAAUAGAAAGGAUUUUUUUUAGAUAGCCCAUUGUUUGUUUUUGUUUCCUAAUGUGUUUAAACACUUACUUAGAACUGUAUGAAGUAAGUACUGUUGUGCCCAUGCCUUUGAAUAAUUUUCGACCUAGCUAAUCCUCAUAGAGCUAGUGUGAAAUUCUUGUCCGACAUAUACUCAGUUACCAGUCUGAGACUGAAAUCUGUCCCAGUGUCCCAGAUCACAGACUUGUUCAGUUAAAUGUUAUAAAGUCCUGUUAUUUACAUUCUCAGUGUUCUGGUACCAUCGCAGCCUAAGUGUGAUAGGGUUGUGUUUACAUGUUUACAUGUGUGUAUACCAUUUUGGAAAGAAUAAACUAUGAUCGAUGGAUGUGAGUGAUGCUAUCCUCACAGCCAUACUGAGUAGCUGAAAUCCCGGUUGGACACACUGUUAAGAAGUUGUAAAGACAUUUUAAUCUAGAAACCUGUGCUUCUAUCUUGUGGUUUGAAGAUCCUCAUCCUUAAUGACUGGUAGGAAUGCAUGCUGCCUGGGUGCGGUGGGCCUGAGCCUGAGUGGACAGCCUCAAAGGGCCUCACCUACUGCUUCCCUCUAUAAGCCUGUUCUAGUCAGGAGGGAACUGUGGGAAAACUUCUUAGACACCUUCAUCUGAAAGUCCUUAGAGAGGGUUUGGUAGUAGGGUUAAUAUUAGGAAGGCAGUUGGGGCAGGAGUUUUUAAUAUCUAACAGUCAUGUUUCAGUGAAACCUUUGGGCACAGUGUUCAGUCUGUUUCCUGUGCACCAUGGGGGAAGGACAGGGAAGUGGAGGAGGAGACAAAAGGAGGAAAAGCAUCCCAGACCCAAGGGGAUAGCACAGUUAACGGAGUGAGGUUGUAUAGUGUUGCUAUGGCCUUCAGUGGUUCAAAAUAAUACAGUGCAAUGGUUGAAUCGCAGUUACAGCAGUAAGAUUCAUCUGUAAUCAUUCUUGUUCCUUCCUUCUCCAUCAAGUGAUCCUGCCCUUAGGAGGACUUCCUGUCCCUAAAAGAACUAUUAAUAAAUAGUUCCAAUGAUACAUAAGUUAGUGAAUUUUGACUUUAAAGGUGACAGCUAUUGUACUUAGAGAAUAUCUGUCAAACUCAAAGGUUAAUUUAUAAUUGAGUUACUGGAAUUGUAGAGGAGAGUAUCCAUUUUCAUAUACCACAGUUGAAUCAACCUUGCAGAUUGUUACAAAGGCAUUUUAAGAUAGUAUUUUAUUUGUUAGGUUGUAUCCAGGAAUUGGGUGACUAAAGAGCGAUAGCUUUUUCUUUAUUAGUAUGGAUUUCAAUGGAAGCCUACCUCUGUUUCUUUAAUGCACAGUAGUGUGGAUUAUGAAAUGAACUGUUCAAUUCACUCAUCAAUAUUGGUAUUUUAUGAAUCUAUUUGAGAGCAUUUGGUUUCCUCUUAAAGAUUGUGAUUCAAUUUAGAUAAGCACAAAUACAGUAUUAGAAAAAUAAGUAUGCAGUCUUACUAAAGUUUAAUUUAAAGCUACUAUAAGCUGUACAUCUUAAAAAAAGUUCUUUGGGAAGAUAUUCUUUUUUUGUUAAUUCAUAAUAUGUACCACUAUAUAGUUCCCUUCAUAGCAGCAAUACAAGCCAUUUCUUCAAUUAAAAAAAAAAAAAUGUUGACAAUAUUUUCUUUGGAAAAAGUUUCUUUAAUUUUUAAAAAUUUAAAGUUUUACAUAUUAUUUUUAGAGCUUAUUUAAUCUAUUUUAAAGUAAUACUAUGAGAAAGCUUUUUUUGAACGUUAUAAAGCACUAAUGCAAAUUAGCAUCAUUUUCCAGAGCAGUGUUUGGCUUUUUCUGAACUUUCACUUGAGCUUGCAGACAUUAAAGGGAGUGGUCUCCCUCCUCCUCAGAUCUGAGGCCCAGCUUCUCUAAUGGAAGACCCCAUUCUACUCGAACCCAUGAACACACACCUUGUAAGUGCCAUGUUUUGGGGACCGUUUAGGAUAGGUUUUUCCAUGAAUGGUUCAUUUUUUCUUUUUCUAUAGCUUGUGAACAUUAAUUUUAAAGAUGACAGUUGUCAUCUCAGAUGUUGGAGAAGAGGGUGCAUUAGAGAAGUAUUUGUUCCCACUGCUUCUGAAAAGUAGAAUUGCUCUCAGUGAUAUUGAUGGCGUCAGUAUGAAUCCAUAGAAAGAAAACCUGUACAAAGGUUUUAAAAUGUAUUGUUGAAAAGAAGUCUAGUGAUGAAUUUUAAGUCAGAAAAAAGAACUUAAUAUAAAUUUAAAGUACUGUUAUGCUAACAUGGCAUAGCUUUAAAUAUAAGAGUAAUUUAGUAAGUCCUUUUAGACCACCUAUUUAAAUUGACUCCAGUAAUCUUCUUAAGGAUUGAUUGUAGCCAUCAUUUAUUGGCUUAUAAGUUAUGCUUUAGGGAAUAUUAUCAGUGUUAAAUCCAUGUUUUGUGGAGCUUUUUUGUACAGCUUUUUGUGGAGGUGAGGAAGUUGGUGUGUGUAAGGUAGUGGUGGGGCUGAUAGUGUAAUAAACAUCAACCAGCUUGAGAAAGAAGGAACUGGGUUUAGUCUUGGCCUCAGGCAAACCAGAAGUGUCCAUUGUUUAAAAUCUUUGUUUAGAAUGUGUGGUUAAAGUCUUAAUUCUUUUUGUUUUAGAUAGUACUAAAUAGUCUACUUCAGUACUCAAUAAUAGAUGAACAUAAUCAUUAAAUUAACAUGAUGAAUGAAGAUAAAGUGCUGGUUGGGGGCUGGGAGUUUUACUUGCUGUUAGUGACUUAGCGUGUGUGAUACCUUCAGCCCUUCCUUAGCCUUUAAUCUGUUCCGUCUCCUGAAUACACAUUAUGGAGCCUCUACUACUCAAAAGGCUGAUUUUGGUUUAAAUCCUCUUUAAGGCACCUUCCGGCUCUAAAACUAUGAUUCUAGGCCACAUAAGGGGGUGUUUUUCAAGUUGUUUCUACUUAAUUCUUUUCCCCUUUUUAUUGGUUCAUUUCAUACUAAGAGCUUUUGAUAAAAGAUACUUGUUAAGUGUCCAUUUCCUGGGUCACUGGCAGUCUUUGUUCUCUUACAGAUUAAAGCAGAGAAGAAAAAUUGUCCAGACAAGCAAAUGAGGGCAUUUUUCUAAAUGCUUCCUACUAGUUCACCCUGAACAUAUGAACACAUAUGAACACUGUCACUCAUGCACUCAUCCAUUCAUUUAGCAAAUCGUGUGAACACUUACAUGGUAUACAUGACUUAAGGAACUGGUAAUGAGUACACAGAAUCUUCCCAAACAAAAUUCUAAUUGUGGCUUUAAACAAACAUGGACAUUAUUAUUAUUAUUACUUGCUGUACUGAAUGUGAAGCUGGAACUAGGGGAAAUUUUUAUCCACUGGGUUAAAGUAUUAAGCUCUAUCUAAAGGGUCUGAGUGAAUCACAGCACUAUUCCUAAAACACAUUUCACAUACCGAUCACAGUCAAUCAUACAUCUGAUAAGGUUACAAAAUCAAGGGUACCUGAUAGGGAUUUAACAUUUUGAGACUGUUGUGACAGCCCAUUAUUUCUCAGAAUUAUUUUGACACUUGAAUCUAUUCCAGAGGUGUUGCUAUACAGGGUGUGUGACAGAACAAUACAAAGAAAGAAGCUGGUACUGGUUUACUAUAUAUUUGUAACUACAAAAGCUUUACACCCAGUAUUGACAGUGGAAUAACUUUCUCAAACUGAAAAGUCUCAAGGGGGAUCGCUAAAUAGUUUUGUUUUUUAUUGUCUUUUUUUGAUAAAGCAAGAAGUUACACAAAUUUACUGUUAUUACAAAUAUCUACUUUUUAAAAAGCACACAUGUAUUACAUAGUAAAUGGGUUUCCUUUAAAAUGCAGUACUGGUCAACAAAAAACCAUUCGAUGCUUGAACUGACAGCUGUUUGGGGAAUAAAUACUGAAUGGCAUUGAGUAACUGGGUAAAGUUUCCUUACCACUUGGGGGUUCUGUGAAAUGAUGUUCUAAUUCCUGUUGAUCCAGUGAUACAGAUUAACAUCAUGCUAGCAUUCUCCAUAAAGAUACCAAAUGAAAAUAAUUUUUUCCACCCCUCAAAAUAAAAAUAUCUGCUAUUAAAAAAGAUCUUUUGUGCAUCAUAGUUGCAGCUUUUAAAGCAGGAAAGUGUCCCAGUACAUGUUAGAUUAGAAUCUAAAACGGAUUGAAAAUAGAACACUGAUAUCCAAGUAACCAGAUAGUCUGGGUUUAAAAUUUGCCAUGGUCUUGGUUAAAAUUUACUUUUAAAAUGUUUUAAUUUACCGAAGUUUUCAAGUAUUUUAUGCUGUUAAAAUAUCUAUUGUAUAGUUCUUGUAUAUGCAUUUUUAAAUUUUAAAAAGCUAAUGGAGUGUGCAAAGAUGGUAUAAUUUUAGAUUUCUGAUUGCUAGUAUACUAAAUUAGAUUCCCAGUCACCUCAUUCAGAAGUUUGAUCUUGUUUUUCCCAUAGGAAAAAAAAAAAAGUGAAAAUGAGUUCUAAAAACUAUCCUCAGAGUGAGGAGUGAGCUGUGGUAAAAGGCUGGAGUUGUAGACAACAGUGUGCAAAGGUGUACUGAUGGGAGAGGCGAGGGUGGGCAUUUCAGGCCUCUAUUAAAUCACUGCUUUUGUCUUCUUGUUAAAAAAAAAAAGUUACUUUGUUGACUUAACAAAGGCAAAUUGUUGUAAUUAUUUUUUUGAUGCUUCAAGCACAUGUUAACUGAUUUUUAAAUUCCUUUUGGUUCCUCCCAUUGUUCUAAAAUAGGAGUUUCAUAUUACUAAGACCUCAAAAGUUCAUCUACCCAGGUUGAACAAAGCAUCACCAAGGGGAAAGGAAACCUUUUUUUACUUUUUCAGAAAACAGAUGUUAGAUUAUAUAUAGAUGUAUUCUUUCCAUUGGAUAUUGUAUUAGAGUCCUCCUUACAGGAAAUGAAAUAGUUUUAGCACUCUUAGCAUUAGCGUUCCUAGAUUGGUGUCUAUAGCUACAGUUUUAAAAUGUAUAACCUGAAAAUGAAGUUAAUUUUGCAUUAUAAGAGCACAACAUGAUCUAUGUAAAAAGACUGUCCAUUUGGUGUAUUUUUUUAAAAGAGAAAGCACUUUCAUAUUAACAAGUAGCAUGUGUAUGAAUUUUAGAUUUUCUUAUUUGUUGUGUCUGUAUUCAGUGAAGUAAAAUUGAGCAUUCAGAUGUUUGUUGAUGGCAACAUUAACUGUUCAAUUAAAGCACCUUAUACUCUGCUGCUUAACCUUGCUUGUAAUUGCACCUUUGUUAGCUGCACAUUUUCACACAGAAUAUUGUUGUUAACAUUGCUUCAUGUGGGUCUGGAUGGAAGGUUAGUGGGCCUACAGGAUCAUUUAUUUAUAUUGUUUAUAUUACAAUAAUAUAUUGUAGACCAGUUGUAAGUUCAUUUCUUUACAAAUAAAAGCCUCUUCCAUUUG